AUGGCUGACAAAUCCAAUACAAACACAGAGCCUCAUCAUGAGGGCUUCUUCGAGAGAAUUUUACAUCAUCAUUAUGAGAACCAAGAGAAGAAAGAUCAGAGGGAGGACACUCAUGAAGAGGAUAAACAUGAGCACGCCGAUACCGACAAGAAGGAGAGUGCUCUGGAUAAGAUGAAGGACUAUUUGAAGGAAGACGAGGAGCUAGAGGAUGAAGGUAGAACCUAUGCCGGACUCAUGUAA